GCAAACUUCCAGUUUAAUCUCCAGUCUCGGGAAACGCCAUGGCUUAGUCACAUACGUAACAGUAUAUCGCUUAUCAGUUUCUGCGCUCUGUUUUUCUCUGUAAUAAUAAGUUUUCUGGUUUUUUAACAUGGCGGCAACGUCGAGAUCCGCGAGGACGACGACUAUGGAGCUUUACACGUCGAAGAGAUGGAAGCAUACGGCGGCGGAGAAUAGUCCGGAGCGGACCAGAGUAUGGACGGAGCCGCCCAACGCGAAGCCCAAAUCGGAACGGAAAGUCGCCGUGGUUUACUACCUCUCCCGGAAUGGGCAGCUGGAACACCCUCAUUUCAUGGAGGUCCCUCUCUCCUCGCCGGAAGGGCUCUAUCUCAGAGAUGUGAUCAACCGUUUGAAUUUCCUCCGGGGAAUAGGCUUGGCUUCUCUUUAUUCCUGGUCUGCAAAAAGGAGCUACAAGAAUGGAUUUGUGUGGCACGAUUUGUCGGAGAAUGAUUUUAUUUAUCCGGCGCAUGGGCAAGAGUAUGUUCUCAAGGGAUCGGAGCUGAUGGAUGGGGCACUGAUUUCUCCGUCGGAAGAAUUGGGGUUUUCCAGUUCGGUGCCGCUCUUGCCGGACGUUCGGAAAUCCGGCGAGUAUCCGGUGACGGCGCGGAGGAGGAACCAGUCGUGGAGCUCGUCUGAUUUCCACGAGUACAGAGUGUAUAAGGCGGAGUCCACCGGAGAAUCUUCCGGCCGAGCCGCCGACGCUUCGACUCAAACGGACGAUAAACGACGUCGUAGGAGACCGGGUCGGGUCGUGGAGGAGGAAGAAGAGGGCAAAGAAGGGAAAACUCAAACUCCGGUCCGGAGCCAGAGCACGGAGCUGAGCCGAGGCGAGAUUUCGCCGCCGCCGUCGGAUUCCAGCCCGGAAACCUUAGAAACCCUAAUGAAGGCCGACGGGAGGCUCGUGCUCCGAUCAGAGCCCGCCGGCGAAGACCCAAUAACCGCCGCAACGAAAGGAAAACCGAAAUCGCCGUCAGUUCUUCUGCAAUUACUCUCCUGCGGCUCCAUUUCCUUCCGGGACUGCGGCGCCGGCCACGGGAAAGACCACGGGUUUUCUCUCAUCUCCCACUACAAGGCGAGGCUGCCACGCGCCGCCGCGGGCGGCGGCAAUCACGUGGAUAAGGACGCGGAGAACGCUAUGGUGGAGUUCCCGGUAAAAUUAAAGCUAGAAGAUAAAGAAUACUUCAGUGGGAGCUUGAUAGAGACAAAGAAGGAGGAAUUUCCAGGCUUAAAGAGAUCUUCGUCUUAUAAUGCUGAACGGAGCUCUAAACUGGAACUGACCCAACAGGAGAUUGAUGGUGUUAGGGCGAAAUGCAUCCCAAGAAAGCCAAAAACCCAAGUGGACACUAGCCAACAUGGUAGCAAAAGGAUGGCUCCCCAAUCCUGAACUCUCGCCCAAUGGGAGUCCAUGUAGUAUUUUUCUUGAAUUCUCAUGAACGAUGUGAUCUGAAUUCUCGUGGGCGAUAGGAUCUUGAAAAGAUGUUGAGACGUUUUGACGUGACGAAUGAAAAGCGGGUACGUGUACUGUUGUUAGACUUGGCAUCCACGGCACGGCAAUGGGGUAGAAAUUGUUGGUGGAAUAUAGUAGUUGGAAUGGGUUUGGUUGUCUGGUUAUGGGUUGUAGGCUUGUGUGAAUUUUAACGUUGUUUGUAUUCAAAAAAAAAAAACGUUGUUUGUAUUAUUAUGGGCUCUGUGGUUUUUGCCAAAAUUCUUGAGAAAGUGUUGACUUUUCCAGGUUUUUAGUAGUCUGUGAACCGACGACUGAGUUUGCACUUAAAGUUAGGAGGACAGGAAUUGAUGUUUUCAA